CACUCCUGUUAGUGUCUCAUUUUUACUUAUACUAGUUUACUAAAUCAAUCAAUUCUAUGUACAUAUACUAUAUACGUAAGCAUUAAACUGAAGACCACAUUUUUGCAGAAUAAUGUUGACAUGAAGAAGUCCAUCACCAAGACAUGAAUGAAAAAAGAUGUCCUACCUACAGUAAAGACAAUGUCAAAGCGACAUAGACCCAUCACUAAACCUGUUCUAGCGUUCUCCGUUGGUGCCCCAUUUCUAUGGAUGUACAUCGUCGCACGCUAUUUAAAAGUCACAGGCCCAAUCGCACAAAGUACAAAAGAGCUUCCAAUUGUUAAAAAUGAAAUUGUCAUGGAUGCUUUGCCGAGUAAAAUCACUAUCAGUUCGACCCAGUUAUCUGAUAAUGAGACAUUUCAGCCAAUCAAUGACGAUAAUUCUUGGGUUUAUUCCGCCUACUAUGACGUAAUGAGUCCCAAGUUGACAAUGAUUAGAGUCAUAGGAAUAGCCACACGCACCAAUCAUACGGUCUUCUGUCUAUUGAACAAGGAUGGAUACACUAGGACAAAUAUUGGAAACCGUGUUUUCUUAUUAGAAGACCACGCCAAAAAUUACACAGCAACGAUGUUUGAAUGUGUUGUAGAAAAAAACUUCAAGCCAACCUCCAUCUCUAUCACAUACAAGCCUGACGACACACCGACCAAUCUUUUAGAGAUUCAGUACCCCAAACAAAGGGAGAGAAACUUUACAGUGUGUUACCCCGCUUUGUUUGGUUACAAUAACAUCUCUAGAAUUAUCCAGGCCAUCGAGAUCAACAGAGUCCUUGGCGCCCAGCAUUUCUUCAUCUACAACUACAGCAUCUCUCGGGAAAUGGAUGCAGUGCUGCGUCACUAUCAGGAUGAAGGCGUCCUCACAGUCCUGCAAUGGCCGCUACCGUUAGAUGACGUCAUGCACGUUUGGUACUACGGUCAGAUGAGCGCCAUCAACGACUGUGUGUACCGCAACAAGUUUGUAUCCCAGUACGUGGUCAUACAAGAUCCUGACGAGUUCAUCAUACCAAACCAUCACAUGACCUGGUCAGACCUGAUCGAGGCAGCUGAACGCGAAUAUCAAAGUAAACACAAGGUCAAGGCCAGACCUUUAGGAUCAUUCACGUUUGAAUCCGCUUUCUUCAACACUUUAUCAAACUCCACUCUUUGGGAGCAGAUCAAGAAAAAUUUCUCCAUCACAACAGAGGAGGAAAAUUUCUUUCAACACAACAAAAUAUUUCCUUACCUCCACGUCCGUAGACAUAAAAACGUUUUAAAAUCUCCCAUACGGUCAAAAACAAUUGUACGCCCCGAGUACAUUUCUUAUAGUGGAAUACACGUCACCUUUCAACACCGAGACGAUGCCAACUUUAUUACAGUCAGCCAGAACCUCUCCAUAGUUCACCAUUACAGAGACGACAUGGUGCUGUCUUCUAGUCGCAUUGACACAUCGGCUUUGAGGUUUAAAGACAACACUCUACCUUUGUUAAGGAGGGCGUACACGAUGUUUGUGAAUGAAACUCGUUUAAGCGGCUCUCAAAUCGGGGAAAGUUCUUCAAGUGGCUCUAAAAUUAGGGGUAGCAGAUUUUAG